AUGGCAACGAACCACGAUGUCAUCUUUGGUAAGGGUAAUGGUCGGAAUCCUGGAAACCAGUAUUGGGUACACCUUGUCAGACAACAUUUGGAAGAGUACAAUCAAGCAACGAAUCGAAACGAGACACGGUCCAUCGCAAAGUCGGUCAUCUACAGUGUACAUCAGAAUGGCGGACGUUUCUUGAAGAAGAAUGGCAAGAAUGGGGGAUACUUGGAGAUGACAAAGGAAGAAAAAUUGCACAAAACAAGACAAUGCUUUGUCGAUCUGAACCAUCGAGGUGAAAAGAACCGAAACGAAGAACCGCCGUCAUCGAUUCAACUCGCACCGGACGAAGUUGCUGUAGCACCAGACGCUUCUACUAUUCUCCUUACACCAGAAGAGAGAUUGGAUCAACAAUUGCACAUUCGGCGCGAGACGCAACCAGAAGAGGUGUCCAAGACUUACAAUGCCCUUGCAGGGCUCCUUUUCAAAGAUGGAAAACUUGAAGAGGACCAAGAACUAUAUCAGGCAGCCAUCCGACAAUACCAAAAGGUACUUGCCAUCCAUUUGAAGGUACACGGCCCCGACCAUUCCGAAACUGCAGACACAUAUCACAAUAUUGGGCACGUCUUGUGCCAACAGGACAUGUCCGAGGAUGCCAUGGACCAAUAUAAGAAAGGGCUUGAGAUUAGAUUGAAGCUACAUGGGACUGAUCAUUUGUCAACUGCAGACUCUUACCAUUGCAUGGGAAUGGUCUUGUUCAAUCAGGCCCAGUACGAGGAAGCUAUGCAGCUGUAUCAAAAGGCGCUUGCGAUCAAAGUGAAGAUGCAGGAUGGACCAGAAGAUUCCUCCAUGGCAGCAUCACAUUACUGCAUUGGAAACGUCUUGCGCAAGCAAGGAAAGGAAAGGGCCGCACUAGAGAACUACCACAAAGCGCUUGCAAUCUUUUUGAAGGUUGAUGGGCGGCGGCAUCCAUCGACUGCGUCAACAUAUCACUCUAUUGGAGAAGCCUUGUGCAAUCAGGGCAACUAUGACGAUGCGAUGGACCAAUUCCAAAUCGCACUUGACAUCAAGUUCAAGCUCUACGGAACGACUCAUUCCUCGACUCUUUCAACAUACCGUUCCAUGGAAAACCUAUUGCGCAAGCAAGCCGAGUACAAGGAUACGCAAGUCAAUGCCAAUGUUCCUGAGCCAAGCGGUGAUACCACUCCACAAAACGGCAAUCCAGCUCGUCCACCGCUGCCCGCUCAGCAAACCAACAAUACUGUAGUUCACCAGCUUUUGCAAGCUCAGCUAAGCAUCCAUAAAGCCCAACAGGAUUUGCAAAUUCAACAAAGCACGAAUCCAUCCGAACCGCUCCAAGCCCAGCAAACCAACAAUACGGUCCUUCAACAGCUUUUGCAAGUUCAGCAAGACAUCAAUCGCGCCCUUCAACAUCUUUACAGUGGAUGA